AUUUCCUCAAUUUGGUCUCUCUCUCUUUCUGCUGCUGCUGCUUCCUCCUCCCCUGUCCAUAGGCAGAGAGCGAUUGAGAGAGAGAGAGAGUGGGCGUCCAUGUCCGUGUCUGUGUGAGCUGUGGGACAAAGUCCAGCUCUCCAUUAAAUGCUCUCUCUCUCUCUCUAGAGAGAGAGGGAGGGAGUGGUGGUUUACUUUUAUAGUUAGUUAAUGGAGGUGAUGGACGUGAGGAAGAUAGUGGUGGUGGUGGAGGACGCGGAGGAGGCAAGGACAGCCCUCCAGUGGGCCCUCCACAACCUCCUCCGCUGCGGCGACCUCAUCACUCUCCUCCACGUCUACCCUUCCCCCGCCACGUCCCGCAGCCGCAAGAAGCUCCGCCUCCUCCGCCUCAAAGGCUACCAGCUCGCCCUCUCCUUCCGCGACAUCUGCAGCACCUUCACCAACGCGAAUAUUGAAAUUAUAGUGACGGAAGGGGACCAGGAGGGCGGGAAGAUUGCUUCCAUGGUGAGAGAGAUUGGGGCCUCCACCCUCGUCGUCGGCCUCCAUGAGCGGAGCUUCCUCUACAAGUUGGCCAUGGCCCACAAUGACAUAGCGAGCAACUUCAAUUGCAGAGUGAUGGCAAUAAAACAACCGCCUCCAGAUUCGACCUCACGUUCGACUUCACCAUUGAGAAAGAACAGGUCCGAUAACUUCAAUGUAAUUGCAGCGAAUGGUUCACCCUACAUGGACUUCUCGCAGAUUGAGCUCGCUGCAUUGCAGGUUCCCGACAUUACUCCGGCGAAGAUUCCGUAUAGAAUCUGCCCGAGCCCUUCGGCCAUCAUAUGGAGAUCAAGGAAAUCAAGAAGAAAAGGCGCUUCUUAGAACAAGGAAACUUCAAUUCUUUGUUUUGUUUUUCUUUUAGCUUUUUAUCAAUUUACAUAUAGAACAGAAGAAAAGAAAUUAGAUAGGUUCAAUCGUAUCUCACUCACUCAGGGAGCUCAUCCACGCGCUGGACAUUCUUUUUUUCCCGCUCUGUUUCUUCUUAUUCUUACGUUCUUUUAGUCUUGCGAGCGGGAACUGACCUGAAACGCGACAUCGGGAAAUCGUGAAUAGUGAAAUCAACAAUGUGGUUCAGUGGUUUUAAUUUGAGACGGGUAGAUGUUGUGUACGGGAAUUUCAGAAAGAGGAAGAUGAUGGAAUGAUUAGAACUGAAAGCAAUAAUAAGAACAUCAAUUCAAUGAC